AUGAUCAGGCUACUUGGGCUGACAACUCGAAGAGUUGCCGUGCGUACGCCGGUGACCGCUCUCUAUAGCACUGGCAAACCAAUCGACCCCAAGCAUAUAUUCACAGAUCCCCAGACGAACCGCAUACGAGAUCCGCCGAAUUACUUCCAGAAGGGCCGCGGCCGCGGUACAGAGGAUGCUCCGCUUCCUGCGGACAUGCACUACGGGAUGGGUGCGCAGGAGGCGGUGUCAGAAGCCAUAGGAGCAUCAAUCAGACAGCAGCGGGCGCGCAAGCGGCGCGGUAUCCUGCUCGCACUUGUGGUAGCAGUUUUCGGCACGGUAUUUGGCUACUCGAUCGGGUACCGGGUGUUUUACAAACACAGCGAGUCGUUCCUGCCUUUGUGGCCGGCUAAGCGCUCGCGCCCGCUCAGCGAGAAGGACGCCGCCAAUCUGCGGGUAGCAGAGGUCAAGCGCAUGGCGGAGUUCCGCGUCUUUGAGCGCCUCUCUAUGCAUAAGAUGAUCAAGGAGCAGUUUGGCGUCCCCUUGCACACGCAGGACGGCAAGAAGCCGGAAACAAAUGUAUUUGUGCUGUGGUGCGAGGACCAGGAUCCCUGUAUCACAGGGCUACUGUUUAGACCAUCGGGCAGCCAUGCCCCAGACCAUGGCCAUACUUGGCACGACUUCCUUGGCCUCGUCCAGUGGCGGGUCACCCAUCGUCCCGUGAGCAUCCGCAAUGCUGCAGAACGCGUACUAAAUUUCAUUGGUCUUGGGACAUCCGAUCUCUUUCAAAUGGUGGAUCCGAGUAAGGUUUAUGGCGACUUCAAGUACGAGUUUCCCUUGCCGAAGCGGAACGAUAACGAUCACGCGAUGCACAUUUGUUUCCUGGGCGAAAUGCCGCUGGGACCGGACUCCCUAGUCGUCUACCGGGGCAAAUACCACGUUGGCGUGCGCCUGGACCAGGUGGAUCUGUUCCGUAGAGAGGAUGGCAAGCUAAUUCGCUACGUAUUAUAUAAAAACAGCUGA